AUGCGAAUCGUUUGCGACUGGAUCUCAUGUCAUCCUCGAAGGACUCUGGCAGUGGUAUUCGCAGCACUUUGUCCACUGAUGAGUUUCUUUCUCUUCUAUCCAUUCGAAGUUCAAUCCGAUGUUAGGCGAGGUUUUGCUGAACGAGGUGGAAGGUCAGCUAGUGAAUUCAAGAGAUUCGCUGAUUUUUACAACGUCACGUACGAAGGUCUUGAAAUCUGGGCUGUGCUUGUGACAGAAAAGCGAUCAACUGGUCGAAAGUACAUGAAUAUGUCUAUGCAACUAUUAGAUGAGAUCGAACGAUUAAACGAGUUAGUGCGGAAUUUGACCGUUGUCGUUGACGAUGUGGUGGUGAACUUCGAAGAUUUACAUGGGAUCGAAAUAAAUUAUUUGUUCAACUGGUACAAGUACGCGUAUUCAUGGUCGGAAUAUUUUUCUGAUAUCAACCUAACCUAUCCAAUCGGCAGCGCACUAGGCCAUAAAUUUUUCCUUGGCAGUCAUUUCUUCGGUGUUAAUAAACAUAAAGAAUCGGAGCGCGGACCCAUUGAACAAAUGGAAUUUGUGACUCUUUGGUACAUGAAUCAGGCGCCGAAUAUGACGCAGCGAAGGCAACUGCAAGCUCUGCAGUUACAGUUGUUCGAGUUGAGCCGUGCCGACAAUUUCAGCGAUUUGAUCAGCUUUGAUAUGUACGGAGAUCAGGUUGCUAACGCAGAAAUGCUCCGAGGAACGCUCCAGACGGUUUACCUCUUCACGGUCGGCAUAGUUAUCAUGUUAGGUUUUAUGGCAUUUACAACUAGUUAUCUCACCGUGAAAUCUCAGAUCCCUAUAAUAGCAGCCGCUAUUGCAUCUCCCGCCAUCGCGACAGCGGCAUGUUUUGCCAUUCUUGGAUGGUCCGGUUUUCCUUUCAAUUCCAUUAUGUGUAUCACUCCGUUCUUGGUUAUGGGAAUAGGAGUCGAUGACGCUUUUCUUCUCUUGCACGCAUGGCGUCGAUACAGCGACCAACCAAUAAAGGAACGCAUGCGUAUUGUUGUGUAUCAGAUAGGACCAUCCAUGGCUAUCACUUCGGCAACAAAUACACUUGCGUUUGGUGUCGGAAUCACUUCGCCAACACCUCAGAUGAGCGGAUUUUGUCUCUGUACUUGCCUUGCAAUUUUUCUGGAUUUCUUAUUCGAAUUUUUGAUCUUUGCUCCCGUUAUGGUUCUGUUUUACUCUACAAAAGAUGCGAAGAAAGCAAGAACCGAGAAAGGAUGGAUUACAUGGGAUAACUACACGAAACUACUAUUGUCACCGUUCGGACGCAUUUCUGUUGUGGUUAUCACUCUGUCCGUGUACGUACUCGCCUGCAUCGGAAUAAGAGACUUGAAGCCGUCUUUUGAUCCUUCAAAAACUUUCCCUUACGACUCUGAUCUUAUGCUCUCAUUAAGGAAAUUCGAGAAAGUGCAAAGUGAGUACGCUCCUCUUAAUUUCAUCAGUGUUUUACCUGAAUUGUCUGACUCCCACCAACUGGAUUUGUUCAUGGAGAUGGUUCAUCGUCUAGAACACAGCGAAGGAUGCUACGGUCCUGAGCGUACACAACUCCUGCUCAGAGACUACAUUGAGUGGGAGGAAGACAACAACAAUACUCUUUCCAUCGACGACUUGCCAAGGUUUCUUGAUGAAAGACAAAUCAAGGACAAAAACAUUGUCCAGUACGAAACAAUUAAUGGCACCAUCUCAAAAGUGUGGAUGAAUUACAUUGUAAUUUGCCGAGGAGACUUGGACUGGAACAGAAGAGCAAAGAAAAUAGACAGAACGAGGAAAAUAAUCGACGAAUAUCCACAGUUUCAGUCUAGUGUAUUCGACUACGACAGCACCAUAUAUGAUCUCAUCAUCACCGUAAAGGACGAACUCAUCAAGGCCGUGCUGAUCACAUUCGCAUGCAUGACAUUCGCCUGCGCGUUCAUGAUUCCAAGUGUAAUCGGUGCAUCUCUUGCGACCUUAUCUAUGUUAUCCAUAUCCAUAUCUCUGCUAGGAUUUCUCGCUUUAUGGGGUCAAAGCCUUGAUCCUGUUACAAUGAUCAACGUGUUGAUGGCUAUAGGAUUCAGUGUUGAUUUCAGUGCUCAUGUUUGUUACCACUACCACAUUGGACAAAGAAACAACAUUUUCUUGGAUGCGCAACAACGAAUAACGAUAAUUCUCCGAGCAGUUGGAAGACCAAUGGUCGAGGCUUCACUUUCAACGUUAAUAUGUAUGCUUCCAUUGUUCUGCGUGCCUGUAUACAUCAUUGUCGCAUUCGCGAAGACCGUCUGUAUUGUCGCAGCUCUUGGAUUGAUACACGGAAUAGUUAUUAUACCUUGA